ACUUAUCGUAAGAACCAUUAGUUAUCAUAUAAAAGGAACUAUCGGGACUGUCUUAAAAUCAUAAUCAAACGUUCAAUAGCUCAAGCAACAUCUCUCCCAGUGGCAGCAGAACCACCUCAAUCAAAUCGAAACAAAAUGUUUGCCAAAUUGUUCAUCCUCGCAAUUGCCGUCGCUGCCGUGGCUUCCCGCCCUGCCAUUUCGGCUGUUACCUCCUACUCUGCCCCGGUGGUUAGUGCUGUUGGUCCAUCCGUGUUUGCUACCCGCAGCAUUCCGUACUCGGCCGUCGCUACUCCCGUUGCUUACUCGAACGUCGUCUCCCCUGCUGGUGUCACGGCCUACAGCUCUCCCAUUACUCCGUACUCGUAUGGAAGUCCAGUCGCUUACUCUGCCGGUGUGCCAGUGACUUAUUCCGCCGGAGUUCCCGUUACUUAUUCCAACUGGAACGGAGUCGCCCCGUACACCAUCUACUAGGAUGCCGCCGUCUGAACUUCUCACUUGCGACAAACUAACCGAUGUGAACUCUCUCAACGGAAUUGAAGCAAUCUAGCUCUGGUCAACUGUAAAGUUACAAACAAACUCAUGGAAAUAUAUUGUACAGAAAUGUAAAAGUGUUGUUU